AUGACUGUUGAGUACGAUGCUAUUGUUAAAAGCGAGACUUUUGAUCUUGUGCCUAGACCGCCUAACGUUAACAUUGUGCGCUCUAUGUGGUUGUACAAACAUAAGUAUGAUGCAGAUGGAAAUUUCAAAGGCCACAAAUCACGACUGGUAGCCAAUGGGAAGUCUCAAGAGCAUGGCAUUGACUACGAUGAAACAUUCAGUCCAAUAGUCAAACCAGCCACCAUUCGAACGGUUCUCAAUGUAGCUCUCGAGAAUGAUUGGCCAGUUCAUCAGCUUGAUGUCCAGAAUGCUUUCUUGCAUGGCACGUUGGAUGAGGAAGUAUACAUGUUUCAACCAUCGGGCUUCAUCGAUAAAGAUAGACCAAAUCAUGUUUGCAAGCUAAAGCGUUCAAUCUAUGGGUUGAAACAGGCUCCGAGGGCUUGGAAUGCAAGAUUUGUUUCAUUUAUUACUAACAAUGGCUUUAUCCAAACAAAAACGGAUACAAGUUUAUUUGUUUACAGGAAAGGAAAUCUCAUGGCCUAUCUCUCUACUAUUCCUCUGCGAGACACCGUUAUCAAUCUCCUCAAAUCGGAAUUUCCAAUGAAAGAUCUUGGAGUCAUCAGCUCUUUCCUUGGCGUCUCGGCCAAGUUCAAUGAGAAAGGCCUCUUCCUCUCCCAAGCCAGCUACACAUCGGAGAUAAUCCAGCGAGCCGGCAUGUCUGAGUGCAAGCCAUGUACGACACCAGUGGACCUGAAAUCAAAACUUGCAGAAGACGCAUGCAAGUUAAUAGACAACGCUACAGAGUAUCGAAGCCUCGCCGGAGCUCUCCAGUACCUGACUUUUACACGCCCCGACAUCUCCUAUGCAGUCCAGCAAAUAUGUCUCUUCAUGCAUGCACCUCGCGAGCCACAUAUGCAAGCUCUCAAGCGUAUUCUACGCUAUCUACAGGGCACCAAAUCGAUGGGACUUCAACUUCUCAAACACCAAAAGCUGUCUCUUACUGCAUACACAGACGCUGAUUGGGGCGGUUGCCCUUCGACAAGAAGGUCUACGUCGGGAUUCUGCAUAUACAUGGGAGACAACUUGAUAUCAUGGUCUGCAAAGCGCCAACCAACAGUCUCCAGAUCAAGUGCCGAAGCUGAGUAUAAAGGAGUAGCGAAUGUCGUGGCAGAAGCGUGUUGGCUAAGAAAUCUCCUCCUCGAGAAAACUGUGAAAGUGAAUAAGUAA